GGGAGGAGGACCGCCUGUGAGGAGAGAGAGAGAGAGAGAGACAGUCAAAGAGACAAAGAGAGUGAGAGAGGGAGAAAGUCCAACACUGCUACUGAAACGUGUCAGCUGUUGGUUAAGGGAGGCUGAAGAAUAAUUAAGAGAGGCUGAAGAAGGGAGGUGGAGAGAGAGAGAGAGAGAGAGAGAGAGAGUGUAUGUAUACCAGCGGGGUUGAGAGACCUUCCUCUUACCAGCGGAGGAGCAAGAUGAAGAGUUUCAUCACAAACACCCUCUCUGACUUCUUCUUCGAGUACGAGACCCCCCGUCAGGUGCUGGUACGGAACAAGAGGGUGGGGGUCGUGUGCCGAUUGAUCCAGCUGGGGGUCCUGGCUUACAUCAUCGGGUGGGUGUUCAUCUAUGAGAAAGGCUACCAGUCGUCAGACACGGCUGUGGGUUCUGUCUUGACUAAGAUGAAGGGGGUGGGUUACACCAAUGUGACCGGAGAGGAGAGGAUCUGGGACGUGGCCGACUUUGUCUUCCCUGUACAGGGGGACUCUUCUUUUGUGGUGAUGACCAACUACAUUAUGACCCAAGGUCAGAAAAUUGAUAAAUGUUCUGAGCCCCCAAACUCGAAGAAUCGAUGCAGCUCCGACGCAGACUGUGAAGGGAGAUCAGAACGUACGGGAGAUGGACAUAUGACGGGGAAGUGUUUGGUGAACACAACCAAGAUGUGUGAGGUGCUAGCCUGGUGUCCUGUGGAAGAUGACGGCAAUAUCCCAGAGUAUGUAAGAUCCCUGAAAAUGAUGUUAACACUUUACAGUCCUGCGCUGUUGAUGUCGGCAGAGAACUUCACACUGUUCAUCAAAAACACAAUCAACUUUCCAGCCUAUGGUGUUACGAGGUGUAACCUCGUAGAAGGUAUCGACAAUCAGUACAUCAGAAGUUGCCUGUAUGACCCAAAGACGUCCCCAUUGUGUCCCAUUUUCAGACUGGGUGACUUGGUACAGCUGUCUGGCUUCAACUUCGCCGCCAUAGCCAAAGUGGGUGGGGCGAUUGGUAUCAUCAUUGACUGGACCUGUAACCUGGACCAUGACCAGUCAGACUGUAAACCGAUCUACUCCUUCCACGGUCUCUAUGGAAACCCCGACGAGACGGACACGGCCAGAGCAUCUGUGGGAUACAACUUCAGGUAUGCAAAGCAUUAUAUGGAGGACAAGCAGGAGAAAAGAACACUUCUGAAAGUGUUUGGGAUUCGAUUUGACAUCAUUGUUCGUUCAGUGGCCACAAAAUUUGAUAUCAUUCCAACACUAACAGCUAUAGGAUCUGGUGUUGGAAUCUUUGGAGUGGCGACUGUAGUAUGUGAUCUGAUUCUCCUGUAUCUACUGCCCAAGAGGGAAUUCUACAACAACAUGAAAUUCAAGGUCACUGAAACGAUGGAGAAGGAACCUUUAGAUGAGUUCAAGUCUGAAAAAGAAGUAUCCAAGAAGCAUUCAGAAGAGGUUCUAGUGCAUCAUGAGGCACCGCUGUCAGAGACUUAGCCCUACAGCAGCUGCCUGGAUCAGCUCAGUCUUAAGGAGUGAUUCAGCAGAGCGGUUCUGACUCCUGGGCUCCAGUAACAGGUGGCUGCCACUCCAACACACUGACUCCAGACUGCACUGAGACAUGUACAUUCUUAAACAAUAAAACAAGUGUGAUGCCUGUGUCCACUCUCCUG